UUCCUUCUGACUCACAACAUUGAAAAGGGUGAAAAGACCGGAGCCAGAACUCAGUGUGAAACAACUUCUGAGCUGUUCUGAUCUAAAAGGUUUUCUGAGUGCGUGAAAAUGUCGGACCCUGAGACCCAAACUGAGCCUCUUGUGGGAACCCCAGCACAGGCUCCCCGCUCCUCUCGGGCCUAUAAGGUGGCAGGACUGACUCUCCUGGGCUGUGUGCUGAUUGUGGGCCAGGCGGCGAUCGCCUACUUCCUCCUCAGCCAGAAGAGCGACAUCAAAUCUCUGCAGGAGCAGAACGACAAAAUCAACACGGAGCUGACCAGGGGAAGAUCUGCUUCUGUGCCUGUGCAGAUGCACAUGCCCAUGAGCGUCAUGACUGAGCUGCUGGAUGACACUAUGGAGGAGGAGGCUUCGGCUGGAGUCCCAGGAAAAACUCCUGCUCCUCUCACCACCUGCCAGCAGGAGUUUGCCGGUCUGAAACCCGUGCAGGUUCCUGGUUUCCGUCCCCGGUGUGACAAGAAAGGCCUGUAUGAGCGUCAGCAGUGCUUCAUGAGGCAGUGCUGGUGUGUGAACCCAGCUGACGGCCAACAGAUCCCUGGAUCUCUGCGCCAGGGACCCGUCAACUGCAGCAGCAUACGUGCCAUUCCCGCCGGAGCCACGCUGACUCUUUCUGAUGAAUAAGCAACAGUGAGUUUCUUCCAGAAACUUAAGCUUCUGAUGGCGUCUGUGCCGACAUGUAAUCGCUAUAGUUGCAGCACUAUUUUAUUGCUGCUGAUUAAUUAUACGUUUAUUAGCUUUCUAUUCUUUGAACUUGUUUGUAACCAGUUUUACAGGAAGCUGUACUUCUAACUUCAAUAGAUUGGGAUUUCUUUUUACUUUUACCAUGUGCAUCUAACUAUACUGACAUGUUGUUGUUUGGUUUUAUUCAAAUUUUUACAUAAAAUUUGGUGAAUGAAAAAUGAUCCACUGAAGACAAUUUGUUUUCCCAUUUAUUUGAACCAAAAUAAACCAGUUACAGAAUCUUG